AUGGCGUCUCUCGGCCCUUCCUCGACGGAGAUUCAAACCAUUACCUCGCCCUGUGAGUGGGUGGAGGAUUACCACCAAGGUGGUUACCAUCCCGUCCUUCUCGGCAACGUCUUCAACAAUGGCCGGUACAAGGUCGUCCGGAAGCUCGGCGAGGGCUCCUACUCAACGGUUUGGCUUGCCCGUGACCUGAGGAACAGUAGAUAUGUCGCCCUGAAGAUUCUUGUCUCUGAAAUCUCGGGAUCGACAACCGAGCUGCGAAUCUUGCGACACAUCACCGAAGUCGCACCAGCAGAGAGGGCCCGGCAUAUCACCCAGCUCCUGGACGAGUUCGAACAUCGCGGCCCCAAUGGCAUCCACAAGUGCCUGGUAUUUGAGCCCAUGGGUCCGAGUGUGAAUAGUAUGGUCGAGGAGCUACCCCGAUUCAAUCCUCGCAGGUGGGGAGUGAAUGUCCGCUAUCCGCCUCAGAUGGCAAAGAGCAUCCUUAAGCAGUCCUUGCAGAGCCUGGCAUUUCUCCACGAGAAUGGUAUCGCUCAUGGGGACUUCCAGCCGGGAAACAUGCUCUUCACUCUUGAUGAUAUCGACUCGAAGCCCGAGGACGUGCUCCGGCAGGAGGAAGAUGAGCAGGCCAUGUCAAUCUCGCCCCCAGUACAGAGGCUAGACGAUAAACAAGAUAGGUGGGCUCCUCGAUAUCUUUGCGUUGCGCAGCCGCUGGCGCCCUUUACCUACUACGCCGAGGGCUUCAAGAUCAAAUUAUCCGAUAUGGGUGGCGCAUAUUUCUUUACGGACCCCCCGACAAAGCCCGUUACUCCACUCGGCCUUCGAGCUCCGGAGUUGAUUCUUACCGGAGCCGUCGACAAAACCCUUGAUGUCUGGAGUUUUGGCUGCCUUCUCUUCAAGCAUUGGAAGACGUCUUCGCUGUACUUUACACCCGAGAGGAAGCUCUUUAAUUUUGGGCUCGGGGGAGUCGCGGAAGGGGAGGAACCGCUUAUGUUGGAGCAGACGUCCAUGGAGGAGUUGUUCGAUCAGGCAGGCCCGGAGCUUGAUGAGGUGGAAGCCCGCAAAGUGAAGGCGCUCAUUCGACGGAUUUUGCAGUACGAUCCCGCGAAGAGACCUUCAGCUGCGGAAAUUUUGGUUGAUCCGUGGUUUUGCGAGAUUGAGGUUGAGGGCAGCUUGUCCAAGUAAAGGUAUUGGUAGUCUAGUUAUACUUGCGUGGUCGUUAUCGUCCUCCAGACAUUGAUACUCAGCUGAUGGUCUCUUCGAUUUGUGUUGUGAGUCUGAGUUCUGAGCAAUACCCAGGUCAAAUCAGAACCAGCUUAGUACCAUGUCUGUUAACUGUAAUUGUG